GUUAUCGGGCACCAAAAGAACCUAACGCGUGGCCCAGCAGCAUUUCCGCCAUACUCGCAGCUGGUCACACUCAAAAUUUGUAUUUAAAGAGGAGCGUUUUAUUGUUUUUGGCAUUCGGUUGUGUUAAUAACGCUGUUUACGUUGGCGGAGAAUUAGGCGGCAAAAGAAACGCAAUACCAGAGGCGCGCUCAAAAGAAAUUACAAACAUACAAAAUAAAUACGGUAAUUUCGAGUGAAAUACCCACACGCACACCACCGCACACACACUCUCACACCCGCACACUCAGCACAAUUCCAAUAGGAACCUUUCCGGGCGGUGAGCACGUUUCGCGUGAAUUUCGCCCGUGAUUGUAGAGAUUUCUCGAUCUCUAUUCCGGUGGCAGCCGCAUUUCUAUAAUUAAAACCGAAGCUGAACCAGCAACAGAGAAACAAAAUCAAAAUUUAAAGAAACCUGUCUGCAUUAUCUGUUUACAUUCAAAGAGAGCAGCUGACGCCGCAGCUGUAGAUUGCAAUAUCCACACAUCUAACCACAUCGCAACACCAAAAACAUAUAAAGGAAAUAGUGAGAGCGCAAAAACAGCGGUAAAUUCGGCAAAUUACGUUACACAACCCAUCGAAACUGCACCGAGAGAGCGGCAGAGAGCGACAAAAGAGCGAGGAAGAACAAAAGCAGCAAUGGGUCUACUAAGCGAGGGCAGUCCACUCUCCUGGGAGGAGACCAAGGCACUGGCUGAUCAUGUCCGAGAGCAUGGAGUGAAUCAGUUCAUCAACCUGUACCACAGACUCAAGGAUCGCCAGGGGGACAUUCUGAAGUGGGGCGACGAGGUGGAGUACAUCAUUGUCAAGUUCGACGAUGAGCAGAAGGUGGCACGUGUUGCGCUGCGCGCCCAGGAUCUGCUGGCGCAGCUCAAUGAGAAGGAACUGGCCGAUCCCAAGGGCGUCAAGUCGCUGUGGCGUCCGGAAUACGGAGCCUACAUGAUUGAGGGCACACCUGGCAAGCCCUUCGGCGGCCUGAUGGCUCACUUCAAUCUGGUGGAGGCCAAUAUGCGCUAUCGUCGCGAGGAAGUCACCGAGCUGUUGGCAAAGGACGAGUGCGUCAUGUCCAUCACGAAUUUCCCGCGCCUCGGCGCCCCCAAUUUCACCUAUCCGCUUGCCCAGCCACGUCCCGAAGAUCCUAUUAGUGCAGCCCGCUCGCUGUACUUCCCGGAUGAGGCCAUCUUUCCGGGUCAUCCGCGUUUCAAGACCCUCACCCGUAACAUUCGCAAGCGACGCGGCGAGAAGGUGUCCAUCAAGCUGAAGGUUUUUAAGGACACGAAGACCAAACUGCCGGUGGAGGGUGCUCCGCCUGGAGAGCCGGAUGUGGUGCUCCUGGACGCCAUGGGCUUCGGCAUGGGCUGUUGCUGCCUGCAGCUAACCUUCCAGGCGUGUAACAUUACGGAGGCUCGUCGCCUCUACGACCAGCUGGCUCCCCUCUGUCCCAUCAUGUUGGCUCUGACAGCCGCUUCGCCCAUUUACAGGGGCUAUCUUACCGAGUCGGACUGCCGCUGGAAUGUGAUUAGCUCCUCUGUGGAUUGCCGCACAGAAGAGGAACGCGGCCUGGCGCCGCUGGAUAAGCAAAAGUUCAGGAUUGCCAAGUCGCGGUACGAUUCGAUUGACUCGUAUUUGUCGCCCGAGGGAGCCAAAUACAACGAUGUGCCGCUCACUUACGACGAGAAGGUCUAUAAGCGUCUGGUGGAGGGCGGCAUCGAUCAUCUGCUGGCCCAACAUGUGGCCCAUUUGUUUAUCCGCGACACCGUGUCGCUGUUCAGCGAGAAAGUGCACCAAAAUGACAACGAGGAUACAGAUCAUUUCGAGAACAUUCAGUCCACCAACUGGCAGACCAUGCGCUUCAAGCCGCCGCCGCCGAACAGCUCCAUUGGAUGGCGUGUCGAAUUCCGACCUUGCGAGGCCCAGAUCAGUGAUUUCGAGAACGCGGCCAUCGUGUGCUUUGUGGUGCUGCUCACCCGUGUGAUCCUCUCCUACCAGCUGAACUUCCUCACGCCGAUCAGCAAGGUGGACGAGAACAUGCAGACGGCCCAGAAGAGGGAUGCCUGUCGCAAGGAGAAGUUUUGGUUCCGCAAAUCCUCAAAGACCACGGAGCAGAGGGCGGCCAAGGCACAAGCUCAAGCCCAGGCCAAGACCAAUGGCAAGGCCACUUUAAAUGGAAAUGGACUGGCUAAUGGCAAUGGCAGCGAGAACGGUGACCAGGAGGAGCAGCAGCCUCUGACCAACGGUACGGCCAAGAUGAAUGGGCACGGAAACACCAAUGGCACCACUAACGGGACGACCAACGGCACCAAUGAUGGCGCCGAUAGCGAUCAUACCGACACCGAUGACGAGGAGAACGAGCUUUUCCAGCUGCUUUCCAUCAAUGAGAUCUUCAAUGGAAAGCCCAACGUGUUUCCGGGUCUGGUACCAUUGAUCCGCAGCUAUUUGCAGUCCAUGGAGGUGGACACCGAUACGCAUUGCACUAUUGAACAGUAUCUUCGCUUUAUCGAAAAGCGUGCCGCCGGCGAGUUGAUCACCACGGCCACCUGGAUGCGUGAACAGGUGCUAAGCCACCCGGACUACAAGCAGGAUUCCGUGGUGAGCGAGCGCAUCAACUACGAUUUGCUGAAGCGCAUACAAGGCAUCCAGGAGGGCAAGCAGGUGGAGCCGGCGCUGCUCGGACAGGGCUAUCAUUCCAAGACAAAGACGAAAGACUUCAUUCCGCCGGCUUUGCAGAAGCAGCUGGCCAAGAACGGCUGCUGCGAGGAGAAAUGAUCGAGAAGCGCGCUGCGGACGCGUCCAACGCAGCUGGCCGCCGGUGGCCGGCGCAUGUGAUUCGGGUUUUGUGGGUCCGUUCGGAUGGAGUGCGGCAUAUAUGUUGAGGGCAAAGGCGGAGGCAUCGGCAAAACGAAACGGAAUGGCUACGAUACGGAUACGGAGCAACAUUUAUCAAUAUUAAUUUAAUAGCAUCAUUUCAAACGGAUUAACAAUUAGCGUGCACCAGGAUCCCUAUUGUGGACAAAUGUUUUGCGGCCGUGCGUGACCUUUUGGAAAUGAAAGUCAGGCAGACAAGUUGGAGGAUAAGGAGGAUGGAUUAAGGAAAGGUUAUGGGGCACACGAGGAUCCACCUAUCAGAGGAUCCCCCGCCAGCCAGGAAAUCCUCCGCAUCAUCAUGCUCUCGUCGUCGUUUCGAUGGGACUUCGAGAUGCCCGAGCCCUCAAUCACAGCCGAAUUGCCAUAGUUAAAUAGAGAGCUAAUGGGAACUUCGAAAUCUACUAUAUACCAACGUCAAGAACUACAGCAGCAAUAUAAAUCUCAACCAAGUGCCGUUCCACAAGACCUACAAAAAUAUGAAUACAUAUAGUUCAAAACGAGGCAAGGUUAAAAGCGUAUUUCUGUUUGUUUUCGUUUACAUCAUAUAUAUUUAUUAUAUUAUUCCUAUUCUUAUAAAUGCAAGUACAAUGAAAAGUUGUUUAUUUUUUUUAAUAGAUAUAUUUACACACAACACACGCAAAUACACAUAUGUCUAAAAGUGGCCUGCUGUUAUUAAACUAGAUAUGAUAAGUACAUAUAACGAAAAACAACACUGUGCUAUUAUAAUUUAUUGUGUAUGUGAUUGUUUCACCAUUAUGAUACGAUUAUGAUUUAUUGUGACCACAAGCAAGCAAAUAAACAGAAAAUAUUGUUGAAUCUUUAAACUUAAUCGAAUUGGGUCGUCUAGGACAUAGGGACUUUUGAUAUGAUGCCUUCUAAAGCAAACAAAAAUUGUAAUUAUAUACUAUAUAUGCCUAGUGAACGUUAUUACAAAGGGAAUCGCCCUGCGAACUGUAGUCUAAAAUAGCAAAUUGCGAACUUUCUGAGACGGUUAUAACUUAUCAAAAAGAAAAAAGCAAUAUAUAUUAUACAUAUGUGUGCCACAGGCAAAAUGUUUAACCGAAAUACUUGCUAGCAUUUAAAUAAAGAUUUUUAUAACGAAGCCCAAUUAUUUGCUUGCCCUUAAAAUCAGUAUUUUUAUAUAAAUCACUCCAUGUACUGUCCCCCACAAGCAAGUUAAAUAUUCUAUGCAAAUAAAGAAACGUUUUGCUGAAAACAGA